UCCCCAUCCAUGUAAGAGAGAGAUAAAGAGAGAUCCAAAUUUGAAAUCCUUCAAAUUUCAAGAUCUUUAAUUUGUUGUUGUAGUUGAGGUUGACAUCAUAGCAAAAGCUGAAAAAAAACCAAGAAAAUCCCAAUAAGAUGACAGAGAAAGAAGCUUUACUCUCAUCAAAUGCUCUCACUACUCAAACCCCAAUCCCUGCAGGAUCCAAUCCCCCUUGCCCUCCUCCUAAGAAAAAGAGAAACCUUCCAGGAAACCCAGAUCCAGAAGCUGAAGUGAUUGCUUUAUCGCCAAAGACGCUGAUGGCAACUAACCGAUUUCUGUGUGAAAUUUGUGGGAAAGGGUUCCAGAGGGAUCAGAAUCUUCAGCUGCACAGAAGAGGGCAUAAUCUGCCAUGGAAGCUGAAGCAAAGGAGCAGCAAAGAAGUGCGGAAGCGCGUGUACGUUUGCCCGGAAAAGAGCUGCGUCCACCACCACCCUUCCAGGGCUCUCGGCGACCUCACCGGAAUCAAGAAACACUAUUGCCGGAAACACGGCGAGAAGAAGUGGAAAUGUGAGAAAUGCUCUAAGCGCUACGCCGUUCAAUCCGAUUGGAAAGCCCACUCCAAGACUUGUGGGACUAGGGAAUAUAGAUGCGACUGUGGGACUGUUUUCUCAAGGAAAGAUAGCUUCAUAACACACAGGGCGUUUUGCGAUGCAUUAGCGGAAGAGACAGCGAGAGUUACAGCCGCGUCCAAUAUGCAAAACGCGGCGGCGGUGGCGGCUCUAGGGAGUAACAUCAACUACCACUUUAUAGGAGCGGCGGCGCCGGCGAUAGGGCCCGGAAUGGCGGCGCCGCCACAUUUUGGUUCCAUUUUCAAGCCAACAAUAAUAGGCAACGAUGAAAACAUGAAUCCAGUGAGACAAGGGCAGCUGCCGCUGUGGAUGGCGGCGGCUCCGGGGCAGACGACAACAUCGUCCCAAGGUCAAGAGUUCCAAUCUUUUGUUGGUUCGGAGAAUCCUAUGGUCACUACUCCGCUUUCCUCGUCCGGCAGUUUUCAGUUGAACUGGAAUAAUCUCGUUGGGAACAACAAGAUUAGUACCUCAAACUCAAACAGUACUAAUAACAAUAAUGGUGAGGAGAUGGAUGGGAAUCAUCAGUCACAGGUUAUGAGUGUUCCAAUUCCAUCCUUGUUUAGCACCCAACACCGGCCUCAUCAUCAUCAUCAUCAAACGCCUUCUGCAAACAUGUCGGCCACGGCCUUGUUGCAGAAGGCUGCUCAGAUUGGAGCCACCACGAGUGACCCUGCAUUCCUAGGAAGCCUAGGAUUGCAGGUCAACAACAACAAUAGCAACAGCAACAACAACAACCAGGUUGUCGUUCAAGACAACAACAAUGGGAAUGACAACAAGUUUUCAGGAUUAUAUGCAGCAACCUCAAUCUCAAUGGUUUCUAGUCAUCUCGGGAGUGAAAUGGAGAGCCAUGUUCAGAUGUACCCUUCCAAGCGUCGACACAUACAACAGAAUGAAGGAGGAGGAGGAGGGCAAACUAGGGAUUUCUUGGGAGUUGGAGUACAGUCAAUCUGCCACCCUUCAUCAAUCAACGGAUGGAUAUGAUGAAAUGGGAAAUCUGUUUAAAAAAAGAAGGGAGAAAAGAAAAGCUAAGCUGACAAAAAAGUGGAGUGGGAUGUUGGGGGAGGUAUGGAAAAAGAAAGGGGAUUUUAGUAUUUGCAACUAACCUUUGCAGGGCAGAAAAGGUGGCAUUUGAGUGCUUGAAGAAAGCCAAAAAAAAAAUAAAGAAAAGUUGGUCUUACAAAAAUACUUAUUAUAAUAUCCAUCCAAGUGCUCACUCACUCAAGGAGCUAGGGAGAUCCAUGCAUAUUCUGUUGAAUUGAACCCCCCCUCAAAGGUGCAUGUUCUCUUUAUAAAAAUGGUGGCUUUAAUUUAGUUUUUGAUAAAAGGGAGGUGGAGUAGUGGGGGCAAAGCAAAGAGGAACCUUUUCAACUCCAUUAUUGCUGUAUUUCAUAUCUGUUCUAGUUGUUAUCUUCUCUAACUCCAAUUAUCAUAUUAUUUAUAUAUACUUAUUAUGCACAAA